AUGACAACUCGAACAGACAAGGAAAAAGAAAGGGAUGUCAGCACUGUUGUAACGAAUUUCGAAGAUCACUAUAUUCGUAGCGAUUCGUUGUAUGCUUCACCUUCAGGAAAUUCAGGUCUGGCUUCCAUCGUACAAGUGUUUGCUGAGGACUUGAAAUAUAAAUAUGAGGAUCAUGAAGAUAAAGAAUGUCGAUGGGAUGCGGAAUAUGCAUUUUUUGUCCUGAAGCAAUGCAUAAUAAGUCGCGUAUUGAUAUUUAUCAUACAGUUUGUAAUGAAUGUCGCAGUAACUGAUUAUCCUACGGACGCCUUUCAAGGAGUUCCAAUUUCACAAGCAGAAUUAUCCCAAGUUGAUUGCUGGAUUCGCACUUCUUUGGGUGGUUUAACAAGGUGGGAUGCGGUUACCUUUGUUCUGUGCGGUCAGCUACUGUAUGCUUUCCUGCUCAUGUUUACUAAGUCGACGAAGCUUGCUCUGCUUGCCUGCGUGGUGUUUACCUUAAAUCCUGCUAGCAUUUUUUUUUCUGCUGUUUAUUCCGAGAGUGUGUAUAUGCUUCUAACUUUUUGUGGUAUGUUCGCACUUUAUGCCGAUCCAUCUCUAUCGUUUAUACGAUAUAUUAUCGCUGCCCUAUUCUUUUCAUUCGCAUUUGCCACCAGAUCAAAUGGUAUUUUCAAUUUCGGUUACAUUAUAUUCCAGCUGAUGAUAGAAACAGUUUACUCGAUGGCAUUACAUAAAUUCAUCUGGGAGCGCGACUAUGGUACUGUGUUACUGAAGGUGUGA